UUCCUAUGAGCUUAAUAAGAUUCAUGGUAUUAAAAUAAGUUGUGUUAUCAAAUAGCCACUUCAGCGCUCCAGCUGUGGAAGUCACAGAUUAAUUGCAGCUUGCUCUGAUCAGGAAAUGGGCCUUCCUAGGGUGGGGCCAUGCCAGUUACUGCUGCUGGGAGGUGCCUUGAGCUCAGUGUGCUGUAAAAUGAGAGGCAGUAACAAUUCACCAGUUGUUCCUCCUGCUCCCAAUCCAUUGUUCCAGAGAGACUAGCUCCAUUUUUGCCUACACCAUUCAUAAUUUCAUCAUACUCUAUGAUGGUUUCCCCUUCGGGCAUACCUUCUUCCGCAUUAAAAAGCUCUAAAUGCUUUUGGUUGUAGGAAAGGGAACUUUCUGUAUAUUCUUCCAGGUCUGCGAUAUUGUUCUUGAAAUGGGAUGACUGAAAAGAUGACAGUGGUCCAAAUGGAUUUGCAUCACAUUACUAUAGUAUAUUUCUCCCUCCUACUCUUCCCUUGAACCAACUUAGAUUUUUUUUGCAGCUAACUUAGACCAAGUUGAUGCAUUAACUGAGCUAUCCACCACAACCUCAAGGCCUUUUUUCCAGGUUGGACACUGUACAUUAAAACCCAAUCGGUGUGAAAAUAGAUUUUUUUUUGGGGGGGGGAACCGGUUGACACUAACGAGCAUACAUUUAUUCCACAUAGAUCCAGGUGCUAGCUCAGAGGAGGCUUGCGGGAGACAGGCCCUUGCUUUGAACUAUGCUGAAAGCAAGAAGCUGUGGCUCCUUCAGUGUAUUUAUAAAAGUUGCAAGCAGGGAAGGACAAGGCCCAGCUUUGGCUUGCUUUCUGACCUUGGGAGUUAACCAAGACUGACAUUCCUGUGAAGUCAUGUGGCCAGGAUUGGCGGUCACAGCUGUCACCAGGGGAGAGGAGGGGCUGGGCCCAGGAGGGGCCAUUCUGAUAGAAUUUCACUCCAACCACUUGAGAGGGCUUCUUUCUUUUCUGUGCUUGGUUUUGUCUUCCCCUCCUUUUGUCUUCCAUGGAUCUUGGCUAUAAAAACCUUUCAGAGGACCGCUGCAAACAAGAUGCUAGCUUAGACGGUGAGGUUGGUUGUCCUAACACCUGGAUGCCCCUGCUUGCCAUCUCUUAUUGACAUUCCUGUGUUCCAAAUCGUCUGAGACUCCUGGGGCCCGGAAACAUCCACAUCAUGCAAUCUACCUGGUUUUAGUACACAUUUGUGUGUUGUUGUUGUUUUCCUUUUGACUUCUUACCUGUCUGCUCUCCUGAAAGAUUGGUAUAUGAAGCUUUUGAGCCUAAAGGAGAUGGGGCAGGACCAGACAAAGCAGCAGAUAGAAAAAGGACUCCAACUUUAUCAGUCCAACCAGACAGAAAAGGCUCUUCAGGUCUGGUUGCGAGUUUUGGAAAAGAGCACAGAUCCUGCUGGCAGGUUUCGAGUGCUGGGAUGUCUCAUCACUGCUCACUCAGAGAUGGGCAGGUACAAAGAUAUGCUGAAGUUUGCAGUUGUGCAGAUCGACACUGCCCGGGAGUUGGAGGACCCUGACUACCUAAUGGAGAGCUACCUGAAUCUGGCGCGGAGCAAUGAGAAACUCUGUGAAUUCCAAAAGACCAUUUCCUAUUGUAAGACCUGCCUCAACAUGCAAGGCACUACCGUGAGCCUGCAGCUGAAUGGGCAGGUCAGCCUUAGCAUGGGCAACGCGUACCUUGGCCUCAGUGUCUUCCAGAAGGCCUUGGAAUGUUUUGAGAAAGCCCUGCGCUACGCACACAACAAUGAUGACAAGAUGCUCGAGUGCCGUGUCUGUUGCAGCUUAGGGAAUUUCUACACACACUUAAAGGAUUAUGAGAAAGCCUUAUUCUUCCCAUGCAAGGCAGCUGAGCUUGUGAAUGAUUACGGAAAGGGCUGGAGUCUGAAGUACCGUGCAAUGAGCCAAUUCUACAUGGCUGUAGCCUAUCGGAAACUGGGACGUUUGGCAGAUGCUAUGGAAUGCUGUGAGGAGUCCAUGAAGAUUGCCCUUCAGCAUGGAGAUCGUCCUUUGCAGGCACAAUGCCUUCUCUGCUUUGCCGAUAUCCAUCGCAACCGUGGAGAUGUACAGAUAGCUUUCCCCCGGUAUGAUUCCUCAAUGAGCAUCAUGACAGAGAUUGGAAACCGUUUGGGACAAAUUCAGGUGCUACUGGGUGUGACCAAGUGCUGGAUGAUUCAGAAGGAACUGGACAAGGCAUUAGAAAGCUUGGAGAAGGCUCAUGAGCUGGCAGAGGGAUUAGGAAACAAGCUUGGCCUGCUGAAGAUUCACUGCUUGUGUGAAGGAAUCUAUCGCACCAAAGGGCAGCAGCGGGAGCUUCGCCACCAUGUGGUGAAGUUUCAUGAAUAUGUUGAAGAAAUGGAACUUUACUGCGGCAUGUGUGGGGAAUCCAUUGGAGACAAGAACCACCAGCUCCAGGCAUUGCCCUGUUCCCAUGUCUUCCACCUCAAGUGCCUCCAGACCAACGGGACACGUGGUUGCCCCAAUUGCCGGCGUGCAUCAGUGAAACCAGGAUUUGUGUGAUCUCCUGAAUCCAUGAUAUGGGCUCAUUUGAAAGGUGCAGAGAAAGCAGAGCACCAGAGCAUUUUUGGCACACAACGUGGAGAAGGCAAAUCCAUACAUAGUACAGGCAGAAGUUCUUCUGUAGAAUGCAUGCAACAGAUGUGUGCCGCAGAAAUUUGCUGGCAUCUUCUUCACACAGCCAAUGGUCACAAAUAGUAUUUCACUUCUGUUUCUUCAAGGGAGCUGAUUAGUUUGCUCUCCUACAAUUUCCAUUCUGUCAUUCUCAUGUUCUGCUGCAUCUGGUAGUGCCUAGGAGGGUCAAUCCUUUGCUUUUAUUCAUUCCUCAUUCAAAACUAAAUGAUCAUGACAACAUAUUGUGGAACUCUUUUUGGUAGUUAUACAGAUGCAGCAAUUGUUUUCCUGGUAUUGCUGGAGGCUUCUUUCUCAUUUUGUGAUUCAGCCCCUACCUCAUGUUGUCUAGUCAAGAGCAUAGCACCAGUUGCCUGCCUGUGCUUUGGAAAAUCAACAUAUCAACAGUAUAAAAUAGGGUUCUUUUUAGCACCCUUUGCAUAACAAACUCAAGCUGAAAACACUGAGUUUUGUCAUGUCUCCUUGUCCUUUAGCAGCAUGCUUUUCUGUUGUGUGUCAAUUUUUUAUGUACAGGUGUACACCUCAAAUUAUUUCCAGAGCAGCAGAUCCUCUUUGUCUGAAAUCAACUCCAUUUACAGUGGUGCCCCGCUUCACGUUUACCCCGGUAGACAAUGAAAUCGCUUAACAAUGAGGUUUUUG